AUGGCCUCCCCCGAGCCGAGCGUUUCCCAGCUGGAUGACACAGACGUGCAGCAGGCGUCUGCCCUCCUGGGCCGAGAUGUCACUGAGUUUAUAAAGGAAAUGGUGGCAGAGGAGGAGAAAGCGAGAGCCAAGAUGCGAAAGGGCUUCAAUGCCCAGAUGCGCAGCGAGACUCGGAGGCUGAAGACUUUUGAGACCUACACCUCUUGCAGAUGCUGGGCACCCCAGGAGCUGGCGGCCGUGGGCUUUUACUACAUCAAAGCCGAACAGUCUGCUCUGCAGUGCUUCUGCUGUAGCUUAGUCCUCUUCCACUCCAGUUUCAGGAGGUCCCCCCUCGAAGAACACCAGAAGUUCCAGCCAGACUGUGCGUUCCUUUUGGGCAGAGAUGUGGGGAACAUCGCCAAGUAUGAUGUGAGGGUGCAGAGGCCGGAGCAACCGUGGGGAGGGGAGCAAGCGGAGCACCAGGAGGAGCGGGCCAGUCUGGCCUCCUUCCAGGACUGGCCUUUUUAUGCCCAAGGGGUCUCCCCGUGGGACCUCUCGGCUGCUGGAUUUGUCUUCACAGGGAGGCGGGACACGGUGCGCUGCUUCUCCUGCGGUGGAUGUCUGGGAAAUUGGGAAGAAGGAGAUGAUCCUUGGAAGGAACAUGCCAAAUGGUUCCCCUGAUGUGAAUUUCUCCGAAGUAUGAAAUCUUCAGAGGAAAUUGCCCAGUAUAUUCAAAGCUACAAAGGAUUUGUUGGUGUUACGGGAGAACAUUUUGUGAAUUCUUGGGUCAGGAGAGAUUUGCCUAUGGCAUCAGCAUAUUGUAACAACAGCAUCUUUGCCAAUGAAGAACUUCGGCAGGAUUCAUUUAAGGAGUGGCCCCAGGUGUCCCUCAAGGCAGCCAUGGCUCUGGCCAGAGCGGGUCUCUUCUAUACAGGUAUUGAGGACACGGUCCAGUGCUUCUCCUGUGAAGGCUGUUUCCUGUGGAAGGCAGGUGCUGACCCAUUAAAAGACCAUGCCAAUUCCUUUCCCAGUUGUCAGUUUCUCCGAAACAUGAAGUCCUCUGCAGAAGUGAUUCCAAACAUUCAAAGCAGUGGGGAACUUUCUGGAUUCACGGAAAGCACACAUGAGAGCCACCAGAAAGAUUCAAUAGUACACAGUGCUGUCCUGCCAGAGACAGUGCAAGGUGAAGCCCUGUGGUUUCAGGAGGCAAAGCGUCUGAGCGAGCAGCUGCGGGAGGCUUACAUCAAGGCCAGCUUCCGCCGCCUGUCUCUGCUAGAUGUCUCUCCUGGGGUGCCCAGUGACCUGCUGCUCGGCUGUGACCUGUCUCUUGCUUCCAAACAGGUUGGCAGUCCAGGUCAAGAGCCUGUGGUGUUAUCUGAGGUCUUGGCCAACUUGAACUCGGUCAUGUGUGUGGAAGGCGAAGUUGGGAGUGGAAAGACAGUCUUCCUGAAGAAAAUCACCCCGCUCUGGGCAUCGGGAUGCUGUCCACUGUUAAGCAGGUUCCAGCUGGUUUUCUAUCUAUCCCUGGGCACUGCCAGGCUGGAGCAGGGGCUGACCAGCAUGCUUGGUGAUCAGCUCUUAGAGGCAGGAGCAUCUGUCUCAGAAACAUGCCUGGGACACAUCAUCCAGCAGCUGAAGAAUCAGGUGCUGUUUCUUUUGGAUGACUAUAAAGAAAUGAGCACCGUGCCAUAUGUCAUAAAAAAGUUGAUCCAGAAAAACCACUUGUCAAGGAGCUGCUUGCUGAUCGCCGCCUGCACCCACAGGGCCAGGGAUAUCCGCCGGUACCUGGACACAAUACUGGAGAUUGGGGUGUUUCCUUUCUAUCACACGAUCUUCAUAUUAAAGAGGGUUUUUUCAGACCGUUUGGCCUAUGUGGAGAAAUUUUUAUAUUUCUUCUUAAUGAACAAAACUUUGCAGGAAAUUAAUAAAACACCCCUCUUCGUUGAAGGGGUCUGCACUUUGUUCCGGUACCCUCUGGACGAGUGCUUUGAGGUGAUGACUUUCAAGUCCUAUAUGGAUUAUCUCUUCUGAAAGCACAAAGACACAGGGGAACUGAAAACCGUAGUUUCUGCCUGUGGUGAGCUGGCCUUAAGAGGGUUUUUUGCCUCUUGCUUUAAAUUUAGUGAUGAGGACCUUCUCGAAGCAGGGGUUGGUGACAAUGAAGAGCUAGUCAUGGGCCUGAUGAGCAAAUUCACAGCUCAGAGACUGAAGCCCGUGUAUCACUUUCUAACUCCUGCAUUCCAGGAAUUUCUUGCUGGGAUGCGGUUGACGGCACUCCUGGGUUCAGAGAGACAGGAGGAGCAAGAGCUGGGACUUUAUUAUUUGAAACAGAUAAACUCACCCAUAAUGACUCUUGAGGCCUAUAACAAUUUUUUGAAGUACGUCUGCUACCACUGCUCCUCCAAGGCAGGGCCAAUCGUGGUCUCCCAUCUGCUUCACUUGUUGGAGAAAGAGUCUUGGGAGACUCUAUCUGAAAAUGAUGACUACCUCAAGCACCACCCAGAAAUGUCAGAGAAGAUGCAGUUCAUAAGAAAACUGUGGCAGUUUUUUCCACAGAUUUACUUUUCAGCAGUCUCAGAACAUGUACUGACUCUUGCCAUCAAAGUGGCUUAUCAAAGCGGCACUGUGGUCACCUGCUCUCCGCUCCUCCAGCAGUUCCUUCAAGGGCAAACCCUGCCUCUGGUCCUCCUUCAGUCACAGUAUUUCUCUGACCACCCCGAGAGCCUGUCACUGCUAAAGAGUGUCCAGGUCUUUUUAAGCGGAAAGCACAGGUUACGUAAACCAGAUUUAUCCCAGCUAGAAGCAUGUUUUGACAAAUCCCAGGCACCCUCAAUAGAGCAGGACUGUGUGCCUGCCUUUGAGACUGUGAAAGAAUGGGAGCAGAAUUUAGCUGAGAGUGAGGCAGAUAUGAACAGAUAUCUGAACAGUCAACGUGUCACACUACCAGCCAUCUGUUCCGGCUACUGGCAACUUUCUCCGAAACCACACAAGAUCCCCCUCCUGGAAGUCCACGUGAGUGAUGUUGAAGCCGUGGAUGCAGAGAUACUCAGCGAUCUGAUGACCAUUUUCUCUGCCUGUCAACACAUUGAGCUCCACUUAACAUACAGUGGGGGCUUUAUUGAAAGCAUCCGCCCAGCCCUUGAGCAGUAUCAGGCCUUGUUCACCAAGUGCACCAUCGUGAAUUCUGAGCUGAGUACAGUAGAACAGGAAUUGCUACUGACACUGCACUCUCUGGAAUCUCUUGAAGUGUCAAAAAUAACCCAGGGACACGAGAAACUCUUUGCUAAUUUGGACAAGUUCCAGUGCCUGAAAGAACUUUCUGUGAAUCUGAGUGAUAAAGAAGAUGUUUUUGCAGUCAUUCCUGAAAAUUUUCUGAAUCAUAACCAUAUGGAGAAACUAUUGAUCAAUACCUUAGCUGAGCAUAGUACUUCCAAACUAGUGAAAUUAAUUGAGAAUUCUCCAAACCUUCAUGUUUUCCAUCUGCAGUGUAAGUUAUUUUUGAGUUUUGAGUCUCUCAUGACAGCGCUGGCCUCCUGCAAGAAACUUCAUGAAAUUAAAAUGUUUGGACCAUUCUUUAACACUGUCCCAUUUGUCAUUGCUUUGCCAAAUUUUGCUUCUUUGAAGAUUCUAAAUCUGAAGUACCAAGAAUUUCCUGACGUGGAAGGAUCAGAAAUAUUUGCCCAUACUUUAGGUUUUCUUAGUGACCUGGAAGAACUGCUCCUUCCUUAUGGGAAAGGGAUUCACCCGGUAGCCAAGCCGAUCAUCCAGCAAUGCCAGCAUCUUCAGCAUCUUCGAGUGUUCUCACUUUACCAGAAUUUAAAUGAUGACAGCCUGAUGGAAAUUGCUAAAGUAGCCAUCAAUGGAGGUUUCCAGAAACUUGAGAAAUUAGAUCUUUCCAUGAAUGAUGAGGUUACAGAGGAAGGAUAUAGAAAUUUCUUUCAAGCACUGGAUAACCUGCCAAAUUUGCGAGAGUUGGCUAUUUCCAGGCAUUUCAAAAACUGCAUCAAAGCUCAAGCCACAACAGCCAAGUCCCUGAGUCAGUGUAUGUCCCGCCUGCAAAGCCUCACCCAUCUUACCAUGUUAAGUUGGCUCUUGGAUGCAGAAGACAUGGCACUGCUUAAUGCCAUGAAAGAACGACACCCGCAAUUGAAAUACUUAACUCUGAACUGGAAUUGGUUACUGCCAUUCUCUCCAACCAUUAAGGAAUAG